AUGGGAAGAAGUAAGCUGAAGGUCGCAUUGGCGCACGAGAAGGGUGUCGACUUCAAGAAAUUGAGGGAGAAAAAAACACACAAGGAGAGAGUGCACAAGAAGCAAAAGAAGGCCGGCGCGAAUGGUGGGACAGCAGCCAUACCAGAAAAUGCUUCCGACGACGAGAACGGCUGGGAGGACGAGGACGAGACAGAGGGCGGUGCCCUGAUCGCAGACGAAGAAGCCGGCGACCGCUCUUCUGACGACGACGAUAACGAAGACGAAGCUGAGAACCCCGACCUGGCGGCACUGGACGAAAGCGACGACUCGGAUUCCUCGAUAGAGUUCGAGAAGAAGAUCGUGCGCACGCCGAAAGCAAAGGUCACCAGUAUAGUCGCCACUGCGUCGAAAAAGGCUGCUGAAGAGGAUGAUGAGGAUGACGAAGAGGACGAGGACGACGAGGACAUACCCAUGUCUGACCUCGAAGAAGACAUGGAAGACGAGGAGAGAGAAGAGCUCAAUGCUUUGGUGCGAAGCCGCACGACGAUCAACAACACAACCGCCCUCCUCGCCUCCCUGAAGCGCAUAGCCUUACCGACCGACAAGUCCGUACCCUUCACUGCCCACCAGAGCAUUGUCAGCGCCGAACCUACCGCCGAUGGUAUCGAGGACGUACAAGACGAUCUGAAGCGAGAACUGGCCUUCUACGGUCAAAGUCUCGCUGCGGCCAAGCAAGCACGCGCCCUGCUGAAGUCCGAGGGCGUCCCGUUCUCGCGGCCUACAGACUACUUCGCCGAGAUGGUCAAGGACGACGGGCACAUGGCGAGGGUGAAGGAGAAGCUGGUGGAGGCGGCGUCGGCCAAGAAGGCGUCCGCCGAGGCGCGCAAGCAGCGCGAUCUCAAGAAGUUCGGCAAGCAGGUGCAGAACGCCAAGCUACAGGAGCGGCACAAGGAGAAGCGGGAGACGCUGGACAAGAUCAAGACGCUGAAGCGGAAACGCCACGAAUCCGGCGGCGGCGACCUGGGCGAGAAGGAAGCCGACAUCUUCGACGUGGCCGUCGACAAGGAGCUGAAGAGCUCGGGCUACAAGAACGGCGGCGGUCGCGGCCCGCCCGGUGGCGGUGCCAACAACAAGCGCCAGAAGAAGAACGAGAAGUACGGCUUCGGCGGCAAGAAGAAGCACACCAAGUCUGGCGACGCCGUCAGCUCCGGCGACAUGAGCGGGUUCAGCGCGAAGCGGAUGAAGACGGGCGCCAAGCCCGGCAAGGUGGCCAAGACGGCGCGCCUGGGCAAGAGCAGGCGGCAGGCUGGCGCUGGGAAGCGGUGA